AUGAACACAACACAAAUCAACACAUGUUGUUUUCGUCGAUCAUUCCUAUCUCGACAACCUGCUGUUUAUCAGCGGCAUCUACACGUUUGUUGUUCCGAAAUAUCAAUCGAGAGUGUACGAACGUCAUUCACAUCAUCACCUUUUCAUCAGUUCAAUGAUUUCUUCUCUUCUGUCGAUCAUCGACUCGCCGUCCGUUUUUUUUCCUCGAUCAAACAAUCUGCUCAACAGAUACUAUUGGAGAUCUUCAGCCAUGAAGAGGAUCAAUCGUCAUUCAACUAA